AUGAGGGCGCCUCCUCUUUUCCAUUCGUACUCUACUUACUGCAUCGCCUCGCAGGCUCCUCUCCUCUCCGGCUAUGGCAACUCCGAAGAGAAAGCUGAGAGAAGGCAGAGACAGCUCCUUUUCUCUGCGUGCGCACUCACUCAAGCUGUUCAAACACCCCGCAGUGACGACAGCUCGCCUCGCGACUCCACGUUGUCGUCUUCACCCCCGGACGACGUUACCGUCGUUCUGGAUUCAGGCGACGCCUCGGGGUCUCCUUUGACGUUUACUUACUCACAUGCUGAACCUUUCGCCUUUCCCUCCGCUUCACGUUCUCCUUCUCCGUUGUGCUGCGCCAACGCAGCCUCCACUGGAAAGUCACAGUCGCCAACGAGGUCGCCGCAGUCUGAAUUGUCGCGCUCGCCUUCCUUUGCAUCGUCCCCUUGCCAGUCCGUCGCGUGUGGCAAUACAGAUGAGGAGUCCUUUUUUCAAUCAUUGCGGUCGUCGUGUCUUUUUGAGAGCGGCGAUCCGCCAUCAUACCGUGUGAAGACUGAGCCAGGAGUGGUGUCGGCCCAGCGGGGUCGCGAACGCCUCGCCACACGGUCACGCCCUCCGCGUCUGGCGAAUUCGACGCUCCCGUUCUGGAGUUCUGGACAGUCCCAAGAAGCAGGCUGCAUGUGCGGUCCCUCCUCUGUCUCUUCUCAAGAUGAAGUUCCCUGCUCGUCGGCAGCUUCCUGUGCGCGCUGCUCUUCCGGAUGCCGCUACAACGGAGAAGCUUCAGAAGCACAGCUCUGCAGUGCCGACGGCGGGGAACACACGUGUGUCCCCCGAUCCGGUUUCUCCUCCGCGAGAGUGCCUUUCUCUCCCUGCUCGGAUGUCCGUCUAUUCGCGUCCUCCCGCACCUCCACAGGCUUCUUCACUCUCCCGUCUCUGAUCCAACCUCCUGAGUCACGGCGCCGAAGGCGCCGAGCGGCGUUCUUAUCGUUGCUUGCCUUCCUCUUUUGCGUGUUUCUGUUUUUUGGAGUGCUGCUGCCGAUGUCCAGGGCAAGUCAGUUGGGAAACAUGCUCAUGGCAGAUCACAUAAAAGCUACCGGCAGCAAGAGAAGCCUGGGGACUGUGCCCGCAGGCUUGACGGAGGAGACUCCUACCAGUCUUUUGCCUCUACCCGAGUGCAGUACAAAACGCAGGGGCGAUUCUUCCGAUGCUCCAACAGGCCUUGACGGCGGAGAAGGCCCCUGGUUAGCAAAAAUACUUCAUUUUGUGGAGACUAUCUUCAGUUCGAAUUCAGCGUCGCUUAGUUCUACCGUCCCGGCUGAAUGGCAGCCGACGCUUCUGUCAUUGAUUGUUCAUUCAUCGGCACUUCUUCGCUCGGCAUUUCCUGUGCUCUCCUCGCUUCCCGCCGUCUUCCUAUUCCUCCUCCUUGUCUCUGUGUGCUGCUGCCUUCUCUGCAUAGCCAUAUCUUUCACGCUUGUCUGCAAACACCUCAUGAACUACUACGAGCCUAGUUUGCAGCGUUACGUCUGUCGCAUAUGCCUGGUCAGCCCCACCUUCGCAAUCGCUUCUCUGAUCUACUUUGCUCACACGCUUUCCAGUGCUGCGCCCCCCUCGGACUCUCGCUCCUCUCUUUCAUCCUACACUGUCGGCGCCUCUGCCUCACCAGCCGCCGUCGCGACGUCUGUGACGCCUGCGUCGCGCCUUGCGCCCCAAAGCGAGGCAUCAUCUCAGGGCCUCGAGGAGUAUUUGGACGACUCAAGUUCGCUCGGUGACUCUGCCAGAGUUCCAGACGCCGGCCUGUUCGCUACCACGGCAGCGUCCGAGGCCCGCGUUGAGGAGAUCUUUAUUGACUUCCUUCGAGACCUUGGCCAAGCUGGAGCCCUUUACAGCUUUCUCGUCCUCAUGAUCAAUUGCUGCGGAAAUGACCGAUGUAUCUCAAUGACGCUAGCCUGCAACCCAAAGUUGGUGAAUGCCGUCCCACCCCUGAAUUUCUUCAUUCCUUCUUUCCAUCCGAAGCCGCACAUCCUCCGCUACCUCAAAGUAGGCGUGAUGCAGUUCGUGCUCGUCGUGCCCCUCGUCGGCGUCAUCUCUCUCCUGCAAGCAAUCUACGACAGCGACUCGAUGCCUCUCCUCGCGCAUUCAACUUCUGCUCUUCAAGAGGCACCCCUUGUUGCUUCAAGCCUGAUGGAUUCAGGAGGCACCACGCCGGGCGAUAAGACGUUUUCGGACGACGUAGGCGAUCAUUCUCCGCCCUCUGUGAACGUCUCUCCUCAGGCCUCGCCAUCGGCUGAUUUCCCAGCUCUGAGAAUUGAUUCGCGCGACAUCGGCGCUCUCCUGUCGUUCUUUCCUGUCUUCCUCUCCCUGCCGACCGUGCUGAUGUACCGAGCUUCAGAUUGGUUUCUGUUCCGCGGCAUGGCGGCAGCGACCUCUCUGGUGCUGCUGGGGUCAGUAUUCAUCUGCAUGCUCUCGCUCCUUCAGUUCUACCUCUGCACCGAGUCGCUGAUUCGGCCCUACAAACCGCUUCAAAAGUUCCUUUCCAUCAAAGUCCUCGUCUUUUUUCAAGUGUGGCAGCGCCUGGCCAUUCGGACGCUCCUCGGCGUCGGCGUCAUUCAGGGGAACACCGUUUUCGAGGCCGAGCAAAUGGCGGAUCUCUAUCACAACAUCUUGAUGAGCGUGUGGAUGGUAUUCAUCUCGAUUAGUCACGUGCUUUGCUUCCCCGUCAGUGACCACCUCCCCGAAGUCGUCGGAGGCGCGCGUGGCGCUUGCUUCGUGGAACCGCCCAGCGCCUCGUUCUGCCAGGGGUUGCUCGAGGUUCUUCUGGCUGUGGACGUCCUGCAAGAUGCGAGGGAGAUCGCGCUUCUGCCUCACCGGUCCCUUGACCGCGCCUGCUCCAUUCUCCAUGAACAGUGCCUCAAGGCCGACAGCGAGUUCCACCACCUGCUUUCGCUGGAUGGGCGCAGCGAGCUGGAUCGCCUCUUGUCCUCGUCGUGUCUCCGCACGCACAGCCAAGCGACGGUGGCGUUUGAAGCGCAAGUCGCGCCCGACGAUCGCAGCCCGGCGAGCGCGACUACGCUCCUCCCUUGGAUUCGGAGAGCCACGGCUUCUGCGCCCUCCGGGUUGUUCCGCGGCCUCUUCGGCAGCAUGGAGACUGGGAGUGACGCCCGAGCCGACACGCACGACGCGAGAGACUCUCAAGAGAGAAGUCGAAGGAAAGACGACGAGAGAAGCAGACACAAGUUCAGCGUCAGAUCCCGCAGCGACAGCGACGUCGUGGUUCCGACCUUGAAGGCGCUGUCUGGAUCAUCCGAUCGCCGGAGGAUCCCCCUCCUUUCGUCAGCCUCGGCAUCGGAGCUGCGGCUUCCCAGCGACUUCUGCCCGACCGGCCUGGCAGGCGAAGCGAAGCCUCGAGAGGUCGAACACAGGUUCCUGCCUCUGCGCGAGGAGCUCGACGACGGCCGGACCUCACAGCCCGAGCUGGUUUGCCCACCGGCCCCUACCAGCUCGCCCGUCGCCGGCAUUUCUUCUCCCGAGGUCUACCUACCGCCGCUUAGUCGCUGCCUGACUUCCCUGAGUCAAACGCUGUCCUCAUCAGGCGAGGGCGUCUCAGCAGGGACCGUCCGAGAGUCUUUGCCGGCGUGCGCCCACUUCCUUCUGUCGCCGCGGAACGCCUCUAGUGCGCACUCGGGGUCGGUCGCGUCGCCGCAGGCCCACUCUAGCGCCAGGUCUGAGAGCCAGUUUGGGGGGGGAGACCCGUUCGCACACGCCAACCUCUUUUCGCCUUCGUCGCGCGGCGCCUCCUUCGCACUCGCCGCCGGACCCAGCAGCCACCACGGCGCCGCGUCGCUCCGCGGGCCUGCGCCCCUGCCGCCCUACGCGUCUCCGCUGGCGUCGGUGGCGGCGUCCAUCGCAGUUUCGGGGCGCUACCCUCGCAGCGCCACGGGUCGCGCCGCUGUGGCUGCGCGCUUCCUGUUGGCGUCUAGUCCCACGUCGCCGUUUCAUCGAUGCCCCGCGGCUGCGCUGGCCGUCGCGCUCGGAGCGCAGCUGCCGGUGCCUGCGUUCGGCUUUGAAGAGAUUCCCGAGGCGACGACACGGGGAUCCAGCAGAGACACCCUCGUCAGCCGGACGCUCAGCCACCCGCCCCCCGGGGUGCAUCAGGGCUUCGCCGUUAGUCUUCCCGCCCACGCGCCGCGGACGACGUUCGCCGUGGACGAGCGAGACUUGGCCGUCGUGGAGGCGGAAGCGAGGCACGCGGGGAGCACUGUUUGCGCGCACAGGCUGUCACACACCUAUGACCACCUGCCUGACCUGCCCGAGCAGAAAAUGGCGGAACUCGACGCCGCGGUUGGGCACGAGGAGGCGCCUUCCGCUGGAGGCGGGCGCGGGCCCCUGGCGCUGGGUGCGAACGACACGGAGGCCAAGGGAGCGAGGGGCGGCGAGCGAGCUUCAGAGAAUUCCAGAGACGAAGGAGAGUCGUGGAAUGGCAGCUUCAGACACCGGAGCUUGGCUUCCGCCCUUACGACCGCCGGCGUUGACUGCUCCGCCUCACCUUCCUCUUGCCUGCUUGAGGGCGAGAGGCAGAGCCCGCUGGCUUGCCUCAAGGACGAGGGUGGUCUUCGGAGCCCAGACGGCGCAUCUGCGCGGGCGCGGCCAGGCCGACAUUUCGCAGCGGAGGCUGGCGAGAGAGAAGCUUUGCCGGCCGCCUCACGGGACGCCCAGGUCUCACGGGGACCCGAGCCCCCAAUCGGCUGCUGUGAAGCAAACACGCGAAGGCUGAAGUCCUGGAUUUCGCAGCCUGAACCGCCAGCCGAUGUGCACCUCUUCCUUGCUUCGGCCGCUUAUGAGCGAAGGCAUGAACAGACAGAAACGCGCGGAGCUUCUGAAGGAAACUGCAGGCGCCCACGCAAAGGCGCUCGCGAUUUAGGCGACCUACAGCGUGCACCUUUGCCUACAAAAGGACAACGCAGACGCCUCGGGUUCGGCGGAGGGGGGCCAGAGUCGGGCGCAGCACUCAGAGGCCUGCGGAGACGCUCGCUUCCCUCUGCGAGUGUGAAGGGAGAGGAAGAUGCAGAGACCGAACUCUGGACGGAGGCAGCUGAAGAAGAUGCCUACCCGCGUCUUCUUCAGCCGGGAGUACUCCAGCAGGCAGAAGAGAACGAAGAGGACGGGGUCAGAUGGCGAGCACCAGCCCCGGCUGCCGAGACAGCCGCCUGCAAGAAGGAGAGCCCUGGAGACUUUCCCUGGCUGUCGGAAGACUGCGCCUGCGAAGGACGCAACGCCCCCCGCGCAGACACCGAGUCGAGGAACCCGAGACGCAAGCAGCCAGACCAACCCUUUGGAGACAGGGGCGACGGCGGGCCUGAGGCGAGUCCCUGCAGCCCCCAGAGCCUCGGCGGCGAUGGCAGCGAGGAGGAGAGACCCGGAGAAAGUGCGGGGGCGAGCGCACAGGCGCACAGCAGAAGUGCGUGUCUGCUUCAAGUCGAAACAGAGACUGGAGCACGCCGGUUCACGGGCGCGCCGGAGCUCUCAGCUCAAGAUGAGCAUGACGCAGGCAACUUCACGGACUCAGCGGGUCAAGGCGCCCCGCCGGCUUACCCCACGAGAAUGGCGACGGAAGAAGCCCCGGAGGCAGAGAGACAUGGGAGCAGUUGCGGGGAGGGGGAGCAAGGAUGCAACUUGACAACUUCAGAGUUGGCGUGCGGUCUCCGCGUCGCGUCUGAAUCCGCCCAAGAGCGCAGCUGCAGAGAAGCGGAAGGCGACGGAGAAGAGACCCCGCCAUUCGAGCGGAUGGACGAGGAGAGAGAGACCGAGGAGAUCUGGCCUGAGGAUGAAAGCGUGAGAAUCGUCCAGAGUCCUUUGAGACUUGGGUGGAGUUGCGAGGUCGUAGAAGAGGAAGAUGAGGAAGACGCCAGCUCGUUUUACUCCAGAAAUCAGAUGUUUUGA